AUGUUGAACAAGAUGACCUUACAUCCACAGCAGAUAAUGAUAGGUCCUAGGUUUAACAGGGCCUUAUUUGACCCCCUGCUUGUGGUGCUGCUGGCUCUUCAACUUCUUGUGGUGGCUGGUCUGGUGCGGGCUCAAACCUGCCCUUCUGUCUGCUCCUGCAGCAACCAGUUCAGCAAGGUGAUUUGCGUUCGGAAAAACCUACGUGAGGUUCCAGAUGGCAUCUCCACCAACACCCGACUGCUGAACCUCCAUGAGAACCAAAUCCAGAUCAUCAAAGUGAACAGCUUCAAACACUUGAGGCACCUGGAAAUCCUACAGUUGAGUAGGAAUCAUAUCAGAACAAUUGAAAUUGGGGCCUUCAAUGGUCUGGCAAACCUCAACACACUGGAACUCUUUGACAAUCGUCUUACGACCAUCCCGAAUGGAGCUUUCGUAUAUUUGUCUAAACUGAAGGAGCUCUGGUUGCGAAACAACCCCAUCGAAAGCAUCCCUUCUUAUGCUUUUAACAGAAUCCCUUCUUUGCGCCGGCUAGACUUAGGGGAAUUGAAAAGGCUUUCAUACAUCUCAGAAGGUGCCUUUGAAGGUCUAUCCAACUUGAGGUAUUUGAACCUUGCCAUGUGCAACCUCCGAGAAAUCCCUAACCUCACGCCGCUCGUAAAACUAGAUGAGCUGGAUCUUUCUGGGAAUCAUCUGUCUGCCAUCAGGCCUGGCUCUUUCCAGGGGUUGAUGCACCUUCAAAAACUGUGGAUGAUACAGUCCCAGAUUCAAGUGAUUGAACGGAAUGCCUUUGAUAACCUUCAGUCACUGGUGGAGAUCAACCUGGCACACAACAAUCUGACAUUACUGCCUCAUGACCUCUUCACACCCUUGCAUCAUCUAGAGCGGAUACACUUACAUCACAACCCCUGGAACUGUAAUUGUGACAUACUGUGGCUCAGCUGGUGGAUAAAAGACAUGGCUCCCUCCAACACAGCUUGCUGUGCCCGGUGUAACACCCCUCCCAAUCUGAAAGGGAGGUACAUUGGGGAGCUUGACCAGAAUUAUUUCACAUGCUAUGCUCCUGUCAUUGUGGAGCCCCCAGCAGACCUCAAUGUCACUGAAGGCAUGGCAGCUGAGCUGAAAUGUCGGGCCUCCACGUCCCUGACCUCCGUGUCCUGGAUUACUCCAAACGGAACGGUCAUGACACAUGGGGCGUACAAAGUGCGGAUAGCCGUGCUCAGCGAUGGCACGUUAAACUUCACGAAUGUAACCGUGCAAGAUACAGGCAUGUACACGUGUAUGGUGAGUAAUUCCGUUGGAAAUACCACUGCUUCGGCCACCCUGAAUGUUACCGCAGCAACCACUACUCCCUUCUCCUACUUUUCAACCGUCACGGUAGAGACUAUGGAACCUUCUCAGGACGAGGCAAGGACCACAGAUAACAAUGUGGGUCCCACUCCGGUGAUCGACUGGGAGACCACCAACGUGACCACCUCUCUCACGCCGCAGAGCACAAGGUCAACAGAAAAAACAUUCACCAUCCCCGUGACUGAUAUAAACAGCGGGAUCCCAGGAAUUGAUGAGGUCAUGAAGACCACCAAAAUCAUCAUUGGCUGUUUCGUGGCCAUUACGCUCAUGGCUGCAGUGAUGCUGGUCAUCUUCUACAAGAUGAGGAAGCAGCACCAUCGGCAAAACCAUCACGCCCCAACGAGGACUGUUGAAAUCAUUAAUGUGGAUGAUGAGAUUACAGGAGACACGCCCAUGGAAAGCCACCUGCCCAUGCCUGCUAUUGAGCAUGAGCAUCUGAACCACUACAACUCUUACAAAUCUCCCUUCAACCACACAACGACAGUUAACACAAUCAACUCAAUACACAGUUCAGUGCAUGAACCGUUAUUGAUCAGAAUGAACUCUAAAGACAAUGUCCAAGAGACUCAAAUCUAAAACAUUUACAGUUAUGAGUAAUAAACAAUC